GACCACGCGCUCCGGGGCUGGGCGCAGGCGGAGCUGUGCAUCGACUACUUCCCAGACCCCGCGGCGAGGGCCGCCCCGGCGGCGGCCCCGGGCCGGGCCUCGGAGGGCGGAGCGCCCGAGCGGCUGGCGCCCGACCAGCCAGGCACGCCCGUGGUCGUGCACGGGCUCGCCGGCGCGCCGAGGCAGAGCGGCCUCUCCGCGAGGGCCGUGAGGUUCGUGGAGGAGACGGGGUGGUACGCCGUGCAGCUCCCCGGCGGCGAGCAGACGCUCGUGCGGCCCGAGGACCUGCGGCCAGAGGUCUCCCACGCGGCCAAGGCGGCGAAGGGCAAGCGCAGCGCGCCGCCGCAGGAGACCGGCGUGCGGGGCCGGGGCACGUGCCGUACUUCGGGGAGUCACCAGGGAGGCACGUGCCGUACUUCGUGAAGUACUGCGGCGUGUCGUACUUCGGGGAGGGGGCAGAGGAUGGCCUGCCGCACGGUGGAGGGACGGGCGUCUACCCAGACGGCGCCUCGUACGACGGGGAGUGGUACAAGGGCAGGCGCCACGGUCGGGGCAAGCACAGCCACCCGGACGGCCGCUGGUACGACGGGAUGUGGUGCGACGACCAGCGGAGCGGCCGCGGCUCGGAGCGCCUCGCGGACGGCCGCUGCGUCGAGGUCGAGUACGCGGGCGGGCGGCGACUGCCCUUGCCCACCUCCUCGUCCUCCGCCUCGUCGCCUUGGGCCUGA